GCCUCCCGUAGUUUCAGGAAGUGUGCUUGUGCGGUGUGUUGUGGAUUUCCUGCGCCACUGCUACACUUUAACAUAUCUAUUGUUUACCGUGGACUAAAUUAAGCUCACAAUAUGUCUGGAGGAACCCGUUUGGAGAACGCUAACCCGGUGAUCUUCCAGCGGUCCGGAGAGAGGCUGCUGGCGGAGACGGACGCGGAUGAAGACAUCCAUGAUCCCAUCGACGACAGAGAGAUCUUCGAUCUGAUCCGAUCCAUCAACGACCCGGAGCAUCCUCUGUCUCUGGAGGAACUCAACGUCCUGGAGCAAGCCCGAGUCAAGGUUGAUGAUGCAGAGAGCAGUGUGGACGUCGAGUUCACCCCCACAAUCCCCCACUGCAGCAUGGCGACGCUCAUCGGGCUGUCAAUCAAAGUGAAGCUGCUACGCUCCCUGCCCGACAGGUUCAAAAUUGAUGUCAGCAUUACACCCGGGACUCACGCCUCAGAGGAAGCAGUGAACAAGCAGCUGGCCGACAAAGAGAGAGUUGCAGCCGCUCUGGAGAACUCCUCUCUGCUGGAGGUGGUCAACCAGUGCCUCGCCAACAAGAGCAUCUGAGCAGCUUUGUCCUCUUCUGCUUUCACCGACUCAUCAGCCAAUCGCAUCUGACGACACUGAUGCAGCAAAUCAAAGUCUAGAUCCCACAGAUUUCACUCAUUAAUCGCCCAACAGGAAGCUCUUGUUUUGAGUGUGUACGCCUGAAGGACGUACACGUUGUUUAUCGUCAUGCAGGAUAGUUUGGACAUGGCUUUUCUUUUAUCUGUGAAAUUUGUGGUCACUUUAGUGGUGAAAAAGGUAAUUCAGAGUGAUUCAUGUUUUGUAUAAUCUAACAUAUGCAAUACAUCAUUUUUAAAUGAUAUUUGGGCUCAAGAUCUGCCACCACAAUCCUCACCUGUAUAUAAUAUCGAUGCUUUUUGGAAUUUUAUGAUAACUGUACAUUUCAGAAUUAAAAAUCAAAAUGAUGAAAAUA